GAACUGUAGUUUGCAGUUCACUGCUAGAAUUGCUUUGGAUUAACCACCCACGAAAUACUAAAAUGUUCUAUAAUCUAGAUAUUCUCAGCCGCCGUGGUGGGAAAUUUGGUGUUAUAUGGCUAGUAGCGAAUCAAAAACUAAGAGUUAAAGGAGCCGGCUCUAAGAAAGAUUUACGCCUCGUGCUCGAAGUUCAAGUCGACCGUAUAUGCCAAGAUAUAUUACGGCAUGUGAAACUUGAAAAUCAAGGAAGGUUAUCGCAACGUUCGAACCCGCGAUUUUCUCUCUAUCUCUCUGCCAUGCUUACGCAUGGCGCCGUCUUAGUUCAUCAUCGCCAAGUGACCCAUACCAUUGCUCAUUUCCAACUGACUUUCCAGCAGCACAACAUUGCUAAGAAUUUAAAAGAGACUAAUAUUAGCUGCAGUGCCCUAGACCUGACUGAUGUAGUUGUUGGAGCAGAAGAAAAUUUGUUAAGUGACAAAUUAACUUUGGAACAACGGGAGUAUGGGCAAUUAGUUGAUGUUGUUGAUGCCCUUAGGAUAUCUGCUCUCCAAAAUAGCCCGCCACAAGGACUAUCUGAAGCUCCACUUCUACUAAAUCAAACAACCUCUGUUGAUGAAAUUGAAAAAGAUUUUGCAGAGUACUUCAACCUAACUUCUCAAAAUCCUAAUGGGAAUUUUGUUGCACCAGAGGAAAUCACAAUGAGAGAGGAAGAAUCUGCUGUGAGAAUGUUGCCAGAGCUGAUUGAUGAAAGUUUUGGUGUUGUCCAAGAAGGUACUGAAAAUAUCACAGAAUGGGGAACUAAAGAAUUGCCAUCAGUACUAGAAUCAAUGGAAACUGACCAUCCGUUUGGAGCAGGGCGACCAAAUUUGCAAAGAAGCAAUUCGAAGCGCGUACACAAUGGUUGUUCAGUUGAGGAAGAUGUUCCGAGCAAACAGAGUCGUAUUGAUCAACCCGGGGAGCCUGUUUCUGCUCUUGCCUCUGCUGUAAACGAGACAAUGGAUUUUAUUUUGGAACCACUUCAAGAUUCGCCUAUAAGAGCACAGCGCCGUAGACGACGUCGUUUGAUGGUUGAUGCCGAAACGAACAUUCCAGCGGAGAUUUUCCGCUCGCAGUUAAAUAAUUAUGAAAACAGCCUAAGGGUUACAGAUGCAAGGAACGAUUUAAUAAUCCCGCAAUAUGCUGAAUCCACCGUUAAUCACUUAAUGCAACGCCCAUCAGUCUUAAACAUGCAAAGCCCUUUAUCGUAUCUUUUAACAAGAAACAUGAUUACGCGACAACUUGACGAUUCGCACUUCGAUGUUCCAUUUUCGAAGACACUUCGUAUGGAAAACAGCACGCAGCGUGAAUCGAGAAUUGCCAAUGUAUCGGGUGUCGGCUCUACUAGUAACAUCUCUGUUCCCCUAACGACACCAGCAACCGAGAAGCAUGAUGAAAUUCCAGUGGCGCCACGUGUAGAAAAUGUCAAUAAUACGGUCGAAAACAUUCCAGUUAUGGAUGGUAACUUCGAGGAGGUCGAAAGAGCUCGCGCCGGACAAUCCAAUGAAGCUUCUUUGAUCCUUUCUUUGAAUACAAGCAGCCUAACUAACAGAGACAAUUCAGGUCUUGAAAUAUCGCGCACAUCUCCCGCGGAGCGGCAAAGAGGCAAAAAUCCCUGUAUGGAUACUCUUGUAGAGGCCUCCGUUGAAAACAGCCGCGGAACUAAAAGCUCGGCUAACGAAGAUUGUAAUCGUCCUAUUACUUCAAACGAAAAAACUCUGGUUGACAGUACGAAUGCCACCGUGACUGAUCAAACACUUGCCCCGCAUCCUUCAGCACCACUUAGUGCUAUCGCUGAGAAAGAAACCAAUUCUUCUGUCCCGUCCGAUGGAGCAUCCCCUAUUCUUGAAGACAUUCCUCAAACUUCGGUUGAUAAACAAGAUUUGCUAGCGUCUAAUGGACAAGCAGUAUUUCGCGGAUCUCCUAGCGUUCCUAUGACCAUACAUCACCGUGAAAUUUCUUUUUCCCAAGCAGAAGUUCCUGAAGAUAGUGAUUUGUUAAACAUGAUCGAUGCGUUGACUGAUAAAAUUUCGGACACCGUUACAUUUCGGGAACUUGUUCCACCCUCGAGUUAUAGCAGAAUAGAGGCAGCCAAGAUCUUCAGCCGUCUGUUGGUGUUAAAAAAAGAAAGCCGAAUCGACUUGCAUCAAAAACUGACCGGUAUGCUGCCGUAUGAAGACAUACACAUAAACAUGCAUAAUCACUAGAAAUUUUUAGCUAUGCUCGUAGUAUGGUACGAUACUAUGUCUUUUUACCUCCCGUUGACAACGUUUAAAAGUUCAGUUUUUUAUUGUUUCUCGUUAAGCGAACAGUGCUAUAUUUAAGAGAUAUAGAUAUCUAUAUUUUAAUGGUUUAAAGCGGCAAGCAUAGAUAUUUAACUUCUAAAAUUGAUGUUUAACUAUGCCAGAGUCAUUUAUUUACGAUAU